CCACCCAUCGUCAUGAGCCCAGCAAACCUCAAAAUCCCUGUGCAACGACCUCUUUUCCUCCUCUCCGCCCACAACUUCGUUCGCCGGCGACCUAAAGUCUUUUGUCGAGCUUGCUGAGCGUGCUUGGGGGUCUCCUUCUCCAACGCCUCUUUCGCUUUUCUCUCUUUUCAGGUUCGAGCUAACUUGGCUUCUUGGUGCCAUCGCCGUCUUGCAUCAAGCUCCUUGCCCGAGUCGACCACCCUCCCUCGGUCUUACCAUUCCCUUUUCAUCGCCAAUCACAACUCUUUGCGCCAGCCGGACUGCCCUUUUUCGACGACUAGAUUUCUAUCAACUCGUCCCAAUUCUACACAGUACGCCGCGGCAAUGGCGCAGAUGCGAGGUCCGGGUAGCUACGGCAUGGCCGCGCCGAGUCCUUUUGGCGGACCAGUCGAGGACAAGACGGAGCAGAGCCCGCUCGAUGCGAUCCGGCAGCAGACAAGCAAGAUUGAGGACCUGCUGGACACCGUGAGCGAGCCGAUCAAGCCCUUUCUCCCGGCAAUCGGCCGCUUCCUGAUCGUCGUGACCUUCAUCGAGGACGCCCUCAGAAUAAUAACACAAUGGAGCGACCAGCUGCUCUACCUGCACGACUACCGCCACAUUCCCUCCGGCCUAACGCACCUCUUCCUCAUCCUCAACGUGAUUGCCAUGGCAACCUGCUCGACCCUCGUCAUCAUCCGCAAGCACUCUGAGUACGCCGUGGCGGGGUUGAUGGGCGUGGUCGUGACGCAAGCGCUCGGCUACGGCCUGAUCUUCGACCUCAACUUUUUCCUGCGCAACCUCUCCGUCAUGGGCGGCCUGCUGAUGGUGCUGUCGGACUCGUGGGUGCGCAAGACCAAAGCCUUCGCCGGCCUCCCGCAGCUCGAGGAGAAGGACCGCAAGAUGUACUUCCAGCUGGCCGGGCGCGUGCUGCUCAUCUUUUUGUUCUUGGGCUUCAUCUUCAGCGGAGAGUGGUCCAUCUGGCGCGUGAUUGUAAGCCUGGUCGGCCUGGUGGCCUGCGUCAUGGUCGUGGUCGGGUUCAAGGCCAAGUUCAGCGCGACGCUGCUGGUUAUGAUCCUGUGCGUGUUCAAUGUCUUGGUGAACAACUUCUGGACUCUCCACGAACACCACCCUCACAAGGACUUUGCCAAGUACGACUUCUUCCAGAUCCUCUCCAUCGUCGGCGGUCUCCUGCUGCUGGUCAACAGCGGCCCAGGCCAGUUCAGCAUCGACGAGAAGAAGAAGGUCUACUAGAACACGGCCUACAAGAAGAUGGUCCACUAAGCACCACGGGAGGUUCAUGGCGGUGGCUACUGCAAAUCUGAAUCAUCAAGUCGAACGCAAAAAGAUAAGAGGCAAUCUGGGCCGGUGUGACCCGGCUUCGCAGUUUUGGGUGACUUGGGACUGGGUUGUUGGGCAAGGUUGGGGAUGGCCGUGGCGGAGGAUUCUGAAGCACGGUCAGGUUACAGCCUAGGUGCAUUUUCUGAUGUAGGAAAGUCGACAGCGCAAUAAGCAGCAGGUACUUCGAGGCCACGGAGUUCACGGAGUGGUGGUUUGUGAUUGUGUUUGUGUGGGGUAGGCUUAGCAUACAUGAGCUUGAAAAGAAGGAUGUUUGUUUCCUGUUCCUCGUAUUAU